CAGACUGAAUAAUGAGAAUAUUAGAAGCACAGAUAAUUUAUUCACUGGCAGAUGAUCUUGGCCACGUGGUUAGGAUUUCAGACCGAAUUCUGUAUCUUCUCAGACUGCAGUUCGUAGCAAGAAAUGGGAACAUAGUGGACAACCUAUACUAUAAGUGCUACAAAUAAGUUCAUGAAGUGAAUAAAGGAAGUUAAUAGCCCCAGAAUAAAAGUGUACAAUAUAUCGGAUAAUACCGACCUGGUACUGAAACAUCGGAUAAAAUUAUUGGUGAACAUGGCAAAAACAAAAUCAGCAUCAAAAGCACCAAGGAAGCAGGGCUUAAAUCGUCAUGGCCACAGCAUGAACCCUGAAAGGAAAUCUGAAGGCUUAAAAGGUGUUGCUGUUGUACGGAGCAAAUCUACAAUCAAGAGAUUGCAAAUGUACAGGAAUUUUAAACCAAAACGUAAUAAAAUUGGACAGAUAAUCAGUCCAGCUCCAUUUCAGGGAAGACUUCCAUCAGGAACUGUUGCAAGAGUAGAACCUAAUCAAAAAUGGUUUGGAAAUUCCAGAGUAAUCACACAAAAUGCACUCCAGAAGUUCCAGGAAGAGUUAGGGGCAGCUGCUAAGAACCCAUAUCAGGUUGUAAUGAAACCAACUAAACUGCCAGUAACUCUUCUAAAUGAAACAGCUAAGCAUGCUAGAGUUCAUCUGUUAGAUACUGAAAGUUUUGAAAGUGUCUUUGGGCCUAAAAAAAUAAGAAAAAGACCCAAUUUAAAAUUCAGGAAUCUGGAUCAGCUUUCUCACCGUGCAGUAGAAUCAUCUGAAGCUUAUGAUGGUGAAAAUGAUAGGGAUCUAGUUAAAGAAGAUUUGGGUAUAAAGGAUGCUCCAAGAGAAUGGAUAAUGUCUGCAGGUCAGAGUAAACGAAUUUGGAAUGAGUUGUACAAGGUGAUCGAUUCGUCAGAUGUUGUGCUCCAAGUACUGGAUGCUCGGGAUCCACUUGGAACAAGGUCCUCACACAUAGAGAAGUUCUUGCGCACAGAAAAACCACAUAAACAUCUGAUUUUUAUUUUGAACAAAGUUGACUUAGUUCCUACAUGGGUCACCCAAAGAUGGGUCGCUAUAUUGAGUUCAGAAUACCCAACAGUUGCUUUUCAUGCAUCAUUGACUCAUCCAUUUGGUAAAGGCUCACUGAUUAAUUUACUGCGACAGUUUGCUAAAUUACAUAUUGAUAAGAAGCAAAUAAGUGUUGGGUUUAUUGGUUAUCCAAAUGUGGGAAAGAGCUCUGUCAUCAAUACUUUACGAUCUAAGAAAGUAUGCAAAGUUGCACCUAUUGCAGGAGAAACAAAGGUAUGGCAGUAUAUUACACUGAUGCGACGUAUCUACUUGAUUGAUUGCCCAGGAGUAGUGUGCCCAUCAGCAGAGACUGAUGUUGAAAAGGUUUUGAAAGGGGUGGUAAGGGUAGAGCUGGUGGAGAAUCCUGAAGACUACAUUCCUUCUGUUCUUGAGAGAGUAAAAAAGGAAUAUAUGUUGAAAACAUAUAAAGUAGAUGAUUGGGAUUCUGCUCAAGGAUUUUUAGAAAAGUUAGCUACAAGAAUGGGGAAGCUAUUGAAAGGCGGUGAACCUGAUAUUGCAACUGCUGCUCGGAUUGUUCUUAAUGAUUGGCAAAGAGGCAAGUUACCAUUUUACAUACCUCCACCUGGGUAUGAAGUUCCUCUAAAUGAAAGAACCAUUUCAUCUCUGAUCACUGAACCUAAGGUAAGCCAAGUAAUUGAUGGUACAGAAAAGAACACAGCUACAACAAUCACUGCAUUGCCAGAAAAUGUGUCUUCAAAUGAAAGCAAUGGUGCUAAUAAUGCCGAAGAGGUGAGUCUAGGAAUUUGUAAUUUGGAAAGAAAUUUAAAUGCAGAUGUGCUCUUAAAUCCAGAAAGCAAGAGUAUUCCUGAUCAAGUAGCUACAAUUACAGAACCUGCAUUCAAAGUCAUACAAGACUUCAGCAAGAUUAGAGUUAAUCUACAUUAUACAGAAGAUCUUGGUACAAAGUUAAAUCAACAAAACAUGAAAUCUCUUGAACAAGAAUGCAACAUGACCGAUAUAAGUGAUACAUUAGAAACAGCAGCUACAGAUGUAGGUGAACCCAGUAGUGGUAUAUCAAGAGAAGUGGAAACUUCAGUUACCAGCAUGGUUAAAGAAUGUGAUGAUGAAUCUGAAUCACAGUUCAGCUCCAGUGAUUCUGAUAAGGAAUCAAGCACUCAAACAUGUUCAAGCAGUGGAGCCUUUUGUGUCACAGGUAUGAGGAAGAAUAUGUAUUCUAACAGAAGAAAGAAAAGUAAGGCUGAUGCAACAGAUGAUAAAAUGCCAGUUUGGUUGACAAGUAAGGUACGGAGGAGGAUGGAAAGAGAAAUGAAACCAAAGCGAACUGGUAGUAAUUUUUAUGCCGUGACCAAUGUCAAAAAUAGAAACAGAAAUAAAAAUAAAUAUUUUUAAGUACUUAACAUUUGGUUGCAUAGAAACUUGCAUGUCAUUAUUAAAUGAAUUAAUGUAAACAAUAUGGUGAAUCAGAUUUUGGAUACAGGAAAUGGAAUGUUGUUUGUUACUUAAGAGUGUCCUUUCAACUAUCAAAGUUGUGAGACAUUAUUUAAUAAGAUACAAUUCCUGUUAAGCAACUGAAGAAUAUUCUAAAGCACAAUUUGAAUUGAGGGACCUAGAUAACAUCUUGGGAGGUCAUUGAUGUUAAGAUGUGAAACCUUACAGGAGCUGUGUAUAGUGGAGUAUAAUUCAUUUUAUUGUUGCAAAAAUUCAGUACCAUUCUAUUGUAACACUCACCAGAAUUUCAAUACGAAUUACUGGUCAUUUUUAAAACCCUUUUUAGGACAGUAGGAUGCUGCACAUGCAGUCUAUACCAGAGAAGUCUUAUGAGCCUAUGCAACUUGAAUAAUCAUAACCAAUGUACACUGUGUAACAUCUUCAAAUAGCAUAAUAUCAUUUUUGUAACUGCAACAUUUCGUACACAGCGGUAUUGUAAUGUUAUGUGAUACAACCUAUGCAUAUGCACAUAGUACUGUUAUGAAGAUAAUGAUAUUGGAAAGGGUCAUGUUUAUGAUUCAAAAUACUUCAUAUAAAUUGUUACAAUUAUUUCAGUUCUUACAAUUGUUAAUAUGAGUAAUUACCACGUAACUUGUGCUUCCCAACAAUACAACAUUCUUAUGAGAUCUUAUGUUUGCACAGCAGCUUAGAUAUAAUAUUAUUCUUCUGGAUUGUGACACAAGAGUUUAAAGAUUUUUCCUUUUGUAUCAGCCAAGAUGAAAUGAUUUGAAACAGUAAUUUUAAGUAUGUACUUUAAAGAGAAAUUUCAGUAUAAUAAAUGAAACUCAGCUUUUCUA